GUGUAACCUCCGUAAAAUUAAAUCAUACCGUUCCAUUUCUUGAACUAAUCCCGUCAACCCAAUAAACAAAUAAACAAGUGAAAAAAUUAAUGUCUACUUACCCAGAAACUUUCCAAGGCUACGCCAUUGACAACAGUACCAACUGGAACAAAUCCAAGCUCACAUCCUACGCUCCAAAAGCCUUCGAAGCCAACGAUAUUGAUAUCGAAAUUGAAUGCUGUGGCGUUUGUGGCUCUGAUUUCCAUACGGUCAAGGGUAACUGGUGGGAGUUGAGAAGCCUGGUUGUGGUGGGCCACGAGAUUGUGGGUAAAGUGGUCAAGGUUGGUCCUAGCGUCACUCACUACAAGCUUGGUGAUCGUGUCGGUGUGGGUGCUCAGGCUAGGUCUUGUUUGAAUUGUGUUCGUUGCAAACGUGACAACGAGCCUUACUGUAAAGCCGCCGUUUUCACCUACAAUUCGGCUUACCCGGAUGGCUACAUCUCUCAGGGUGGCUAUGCUUCCCAUGUCAGAGUACAUGAGCACUUUGUGUUUCCCCUUCCGGAAGGUAUCAAGUCGGAGCAUGCCGGUCCGUUGAUGUGCGGUGGUUUAACCGUCUACUCUCCGUUGAAGAGAUUCUUGGAACGGGUCCGUGAUACCAACAAGAAGUACGGUGAGGAGGAUGUCACUGUCGGUAUUGUUGGUAUCGGAGGCUUGGGCUCUAUGGCUGUGCAGCUCGCCAAGGCUUUAGGCUACACCAAGGUCUAUGCUCUUUCUCGUGGUGAUUCCAAAAAGGCAGACGCAUUAAAGAUGGGUGCCGAUGGUUUCAUUACCACUGGCGAAAAGGGCUGGGCUGAGUCCCACCAGGAUACCUUUGACUUUAUCUUGAACUGUGCUUCCUCGAUCUCCGAAUUAGACUUGAAUGCGUUCCUUUCGACCUUGAAGUUUGAAGGUACCUUUAGCUCUGUGGGGCUAGGCCCUGCCAAUGAAUCCUUCAGUGUUUCUGCGGGCUCUUUUAUCGGAAACCGCUCCAGUAUGACAUCCUCUGGUUUGGGAUCCCGAGCUGAGUGCAUCGAAAUGUUGAAUUUGGUUGUGGAAAAAGGAGUUAUCCCCUGGGUUGAAGAGGUGCCUAUCUCUGAGACCAGUGUCAACGAGGUGUUGACCAAGUGUGGAAAGGGCGAAGCCCGGUACAGAUACUGUUUGACCAACUUCCACGAGGCUUUCCAGACUGGUAAGAACUAGGUGCGUAUAGUUUGAUGGACUAGCACUAUGGGUUUGUAGGAAAAUCGUAAGGAGAGGCGUAUGGGUUGGCUCCUCGAAGAAUAAGGCGGGAUAUUACAAUGCCAUUUUAUUAAUUCUGGUGAGGGGUUUAAAAGUAAAGUUUUGGAUAGUCAAGUAGAGUAUAUUUCGAGCUGAAAUCCGUCCUGGUGAAUUGAAUCUUAAGCUGUUCCAAGCCGUUUAUGAGGUGCUCCUUAAGGUUCAAUUUAGCAUCAACUUAAAGGCACGAGAAAGAACUAACCCUUUUUUCAACAAGAACGAAAAGAGAGCCACUUUCGAAUAUUCUCCUUGGUAGGAGACAAAAAAUAUCGACAACGGCAGGACUCGAACCUGCGCGGGCAGAGCCCAAAAGAUUUCUAAUCUUUCGCCUUAACCGCUCGG